AUGCAGCAGUCCUACAGAGACAGCGAGGUGUCGAUACACCCCAAACCACCGGUGGUUUGGGGGCACUCUUUCCUCGCAACACUCGAGGGUUUAGGGGUUUGUGUGUGUGGAGAGCAGCGGCUGCUGCUGCGGGCUGAGAGUCUCCCAGCAGCAACUCGUGCUGCAGCAGCACAAGCUCUGUCUGCAUGCACUGCUGAGCGGCAGCUGUUUCAGGGGUUUGCUGCUUCUACUAAACCCGACAAGGAGCUGCAAGCAAUACAAGAAGGAAUAGCAACAGCAGCAUACGAUAUUCUCUGCCCCGCUGUCUUGGCCUGCAACAGCGUACAGGACCUCUCGGACAUUCGGGAUACUUUGCUGCUGGAGAUGGCUGCAGUGCAGAGCAGCAACGAAGAUUCUGCUGCGCUGCUGCAGAAGCUCUAUCAGCUAGUCAUGGGUUUAGGGGCUUGGCUGCUGCAGCAGAUAUAUCCUCCUGUGCUGCAUGCGCUGCAGCUGGUGCUGCUGCUGCAGCAGCAGCGGAUCGGGGAGAGCAGCAGCGAGGGUGUUUCUCCAGCAGCAGCAGCAGCAGCAGCAGCAGCAGCAGCAGCAGCAGGAACAGCAGCAGCAGCAGCAGCAGACCCCUUCGAUGCCGCAUGCAGUGACGUUCUUGCUGCUUGUCUUUCUUCUCUGGAUGCAGCAGCAAAAGCUGUUGCUGCUGCGAAGCUCCCGCUGCUGCCGCUGCUGCUGCAUGCACCAGCAGCAACACCAACCACCGUCGAGGUGACGCUGAUGGUCAGUUUAUUUCUGAUAAAGAAUUUAAUAUUCUUACAUGACGUGCUGAGUUCGUAUGAGUCACGCUUUAUAAAGAAAGAGAGACAGAUAGACUUCCCGGGGCAGCAGCAGCAGCAGCAGCAGCAGCAGCAGCAGCAGGAGCAGCAGCAGCAGGAGGAGCAGCAGCAGCAGGAGGGGGAGUCAGCAGCAGCCCAAAAUCUGCUGCUACAUCGCCUGCAGCAGCAGCAGCAGCAGCAGCAGCAGCAGGAGCAGCAGCAGGAGCAGCAGCAGGAGGAGUUUCAGAACCACAACAAGAGUGUUUAG